AUGUCGACGAACGGGGACAUGCCGAGUACCAGAUCAUACAAGGACGCGAUCCGCGCGCUCAACUCGCUCCAGUCGAACUUCGCGACUGUUGCUGUGAGGAGAAGCGCCGCUGUGGACGCUGCCAAGUUGAUGCCCGAGAUGUUGGAGUGGACGGCGAGAUGUGGCUACACUCCCGAGCAGCUAGACUCUCUGAAUGUGGUGCAUGUUACAGGAACCAAGGGAAAGGGCUCGACAUGCGCCUUUACGCAUUCUAUUCUGGAGCGUUAUAGAUCUGCGAUUUCUGGCCCAAUCACGCGAAUGGGAAUGUAUACUUCGCCACAUCUAAAGAGCGUCCGCGAGCGAAUCAUGCUGGAUGGUCAGCCAUUGGAUGAGGCGAGAUUUACUCGGUAUUUCUUCGAGAUCUGGGACAAACUCGGAUUGGCUGAGGACGGUGGUGAAGAGCGUCCGGCCUACUUCCGUUUUUUGACUUUGUUGUCGUUCCACGUUUUCAAGAGUGAGGGAGUUGAUACUGCUAUAUACGAGGUGGGUGUUGGUGGACAGUACGAUUCGACCAAUGUGUUUGUGAGGCCGACAGUCACUGGUAUUACUGCUUUGGGAAUUGACCAUACUACGAUGCUGGGGACGACUUUGGCUGAAAUUGCCUGGAACAAGGCUGGAAUAUUCAAGAAGGGAACGCCUGCAGUGACGGUGGUUCAACCGGAAGAAGGCAUGAAGGUGAUACGUGAACGUGCUGCUGAGAGAGAGGUUGCGUCGUUGGAGGUGGUCGAGAAACGCGAGGGAUUGGCAGGUAUCAAGCUCGGUCUUGCAGGCGAGUUCCAGAAGCAGAACGCAGCUGUUGCUGUUGAACUUGCACGCCUACACCUCAAGGCUCUGGGAGUUGCGGGAAUGGAUUUUGGACUUCAAGAUCCAAUCCCACUGGAGUUCGAGCGCGGACUUGAGGCUGCCAAUUGGCCUGGAAGAUGUCAGACCAUUCAUGAGGACACGAUAACCUGGUUCAUUGAUGGUGCUCAUACACUAGAAAGUGUUCAUGUUGCUUCUGAGUGGUUCGGAUCUGUGGUUCCCAAACAACGUGGUCAGCGCGUUCUUCUGUUCAACCAACAGACCCGUGAUGUGGCUGCGUUGAUUCGCGAAUUAUACGAAACCGUGGCAGCUGCGGGUGUUAAGUUCGAUCAUGUAAUAUUCACAACCAAUCUCACGUGGUCCUCGGGGACUUAUUCGGACGAUUUGGUCUCCAUCAACACCUCCCAGGAACAGGUGGACGAGCUGGUGGUGCAGAAGAGGCUUGCUGAACUUUGGUCUCAAAUGGACGACAAAAAGUCCAGAAAGCAUAUUUUUCACGACAUUGAAACUUCUGUGAACUUUAUAAGGUCUUUGGAGGGGCCCGUGGAUGUUUUUGUUUGCGGGUCGUUGCAUUUGGUAGGAGGGUUUUUGACUGUGCUCGAUAAAUGA